CGGAAGUUGGCUGCAGUACAGCGGCGAGGCGGAAUCUGUUCGGAAAAGAAGAGAAGGUUCUCCGUGUUACGUGGGGACAACAAUGGACACCCAGAAGGACGUUCAACCCCCAAAGCAGCAGCCAAUGAUAUAUAUCUGUGGAGAAUGUCACACAGAAAAUGAAAUAAAAUCAAGGGAUCCAAUCCGUUGCAGAGAAUGUGGAUACAGAAUAAUGUACAAGAAAAGGACUAAAAGAUUGGUGGUUUUUGAUGCUCGAUGAAAGAUGAAAUUCAGAGGAAUGUCUUCAUUUGGAUUUGGAUUUGCUAUUAAUGUUGUAUAGCUUUUGAUUAGUGUACUUUAUGAAUACAACUAUAUACAAAUGAUUUCGUUUUAAAAACCAUAUUGUAUUUAGGUAUCAAUAGCUUAUAUAAAGAUAUUUUUGUUCAGUUACAUGGUUUGUAAUUUAAUUUUAUCGUAUAUGUAAUCUGACACACAAUGAAGGUUAAAAGUGCUUCCCCAAACUACACUUUAAUCAAAACCUAGAAUCAUCUGGGGCCCUUGUUAAAAAUGAGGUUUGCUAGGGCCCUUUAAAGGUCUGAUUAAGUAAGUUCCUAGGAAACCACUGUUUUACAUCACCAAUUGUUUGUAAACUCUCCAGCCUCAUUUUGUAUAGAGUAUACCAAUGCACUUACUGUCAGUGUGCAUACCUCAUUUUGAGUUAUAAUUUAUUAACUUGGCAUAGGCCUUUCUGUAUUUGUAUAUAAUGCUUGACUUUUUUUUUUUUUUUUUUGUGGUACGCGGGCCUCUCACUGUUGUGGCCUCUCCCGUUGCGGAGCACAGGCUCUGGACGCACAGGCUCAGCGGCCAUGGCUCACGGGCCCAGCCGCUUUGCGGCAUGUGGGAUCUUCCCAGACCGGGGCACGAACCCGUGUCCCCUGCAACGGCAGGCGGACUCUCAACCACUGCGCCACCAAGGAAGCCCUUGACUGUUUUUUAAAUCUUCGGCAAGGGAAAAGAAACUUUAAUGGUUGCUUUAUCUAAGGCAAAAUCAACCCCAAGUAAAGUGGAUGAAGCAGACUAUUAAGGCAGGUGCAGUUUUCCAGGUGUAAUCAUUCAUUAAGGUAAAAAACUCUGCUUUCAGGAUAUAGAAAAAAUAGGAGUUGGUUUACACUAAAUUGGAUGAAUGUUUAAAGCUUUUGCCUUGAUCUUAGGGAUAUGGAUGCUCAGAUACUGCAUCUGUUCCAGGAUUCGAUUAGAUAUAUUUCAACUUUUUAAUAGUUUUGUGUGUCUCGCACAUUCAAAGUAUUAACUGUGCAACUGUGCCACUUAAAAAACAAAACAAAACAUUGUUUCUACUACCAUCCUCACAUACUAAGUUCUGUAAAUUUAUUAUGUGCUAUACAAAGUACUACCAUACUCAAGAUUUUUAAAGAGUGCUUCCUUGGUCCAGGUUUUCCUGGACUGUGGCUUUCAUAAUUUUGUAAUUCUGCCACGUUCCUUCUUGAGCUUGUCCUUUUUGUACAAGAGUCCCAAUAAAUAUCUCUUUAUGACA